AAGAUGUGGCGUAGCUUGACGCCGCGUGACAACAUCCUGUUGGAGUGCUGCUUGCUAACCGAUGACCUGUCAGCGUGAAUGCACUGGUCCGAUGAAGGUGUUGGUCACAGGCGGGUCCGGGUUGGUGGGGAGAGCCAUUCAACAUGUUGUAGAGAAAGAAGGUGGAGCCAAAGAAGGAGAAGAAUGGAUAUUUCUGUCCUCCAGAGAUGCAAACCUCAUGAACAAAGAGGAGACGCGGGCAGUUUUUGAAAAACAUCGGCCAACCCAUGUGAUCCACCUGGCUGCUAUGGUGGGAGGACUUUUCAAGAACAUGAAGCACAACCUGGACUUCUGGAGGAACAACGUCUACAUCAACGACAACGUGCUGCAGGCGGCGCAUGAGGUGGGAACGCUCAAGGUUGUUUCCUGUCUAUCCACCUGCAUCUUCCCCGAUAAAACAACCUAUCCCAUCGACGAGACCAUGAUCCAUAAUGGCCCACCUCAUGAUUCCAACUUCGGUUAUGCCUAUGCUAAAAGGAUGAUCGACGUUCAAAACAGGGCUUAUUUUCAGCAGCAUGGCCGAUGCUACACAGCUGUGAUUCCCACGAAUGUGUUUGGUCCCCAUGACAACUUCAGCAUUGAAGAUGGACAUGUGCUGCCAGGGCUCAUACAUAAAGCGUACAUCGCUCAAAAGGAGGGUAAGCCCCUGAUGGUCUGGGGUUCAGGCUCUCCUAGAAGACAGUUCAUCUACUCUUUGGACUUGGCUCGUCUUUUUCUCUGGGUCCUGAGAGAAUAUUCGGAGGUCGACCCAAUCAUUCUCUCUGUUGGGGAGGAAGACGAGGUCUCCAUUAAAGAAGCCGCAGAUGCGGUUGUUGAAUCUUUGGGAUUUAAAGGAGGAGUAACGUAUGACACCAGUAAAGCGGAUGGCCAGUUUAAAAAGACAGCCAGUAACGCAAAGCUAUGCCGCUAUCUGCCAGACUUCAAAUUCACACCCUUCAAACAAGCUUUGAAAGAAACGUGUGAUUGGUUUGUUGCAAAUUAUGACUCCGCCAGGAAGUAAACCAGCUGCUGAGCUGGUUGGUUCCAAAUCCAUCAAUCCCAUUUCCUUUUUCUUGAAGAAGCCAGAGUACGGAGGCAUGCAGGAAGUAGUGAGCCUAUAGUGAUGAUGUCUGGUUAUCACUGAAGCUUUGUAGUUUUAUAAUAAAACUCCAGGACCAAACUAAAACAUGUAAA